AUUCACGGCGGGGAGGGGCUAUACACAUGUUUGUGUGCAGGUGAAGCUUUGGCCAUGGAGAAUCCCGAGGAAUCUCGCCCUGUGGAGAAACCGUGGAAGUGUGGCGACUGUGGAAAAGGCUUCCGUGUCCCGUCUGCCCUGGAGAUUCAUCAGCGCAGUCACACCAGGGAGAGGCCAUUCUCCUGCACAGAGUGCAGAAAGGGUUUUACCCAGGCCUCCACCCUGCUGAGGCACCAGCAGGUCCACACGGGGGAGAGGCCAUUCUCCUGCCCCGAGUGCAGCAAGGGCUUUACCCAGGCUUCCUCCAUGCUGAGGCACCAGCGGCGCCAUACGGGGGAGAGGCCAUUCAGGUGCCCUGAGUGUGGGAAGGGCUUUACCCGGGCCUCCAUCCUGCUGACUCACCAGCGGGUCCACACUGGAGAGAGGCCAUUCCCCUGCCCAGAAUGCGGGAAGGCCUUCAGCAAUUCCUCCCACCUUCUGAUCCACCGGCGUGUCCACACGCGGGAGAGGCCCUUCAGCUGUCCCGAGUGUGGGAAGAGAUUCAGUCAAGUGGGCACCUUGCGGAAGCACCAGCUGCUCCACGCCGGGGAGAGGCCCUUCAGCUGCCCCAAGUGCUGGAAAGCUUUCAGCGAUUCCUCUGCCCUGCUAAGGCAUCAGCUAGUCCAUACCGGGGAGUGGCCUUUCAGGUGCCCCGAGUGCGGGAAGGGCUUUAGCGAUUCCUCUAAUCUCCAGACCCACCGGCGGGUCCACACGGGGGAGAGACCCUUCAGUUGCCCCGAGUGCGGGAAGGCCUUCAGCGAUUCCUCUAAUCUUCAGACCCACCGGCGGGUUCACACGGGGGAUAGGCCCUUCAGUUGCCUCAAGUGCAGGAAGGCCUUCACCUGCUCCUCCCUCCUGCGGAGGCACCAGCGAGUUCAUUUGUCAUCGCAGGGGUUUGAAGGAACGAUGGCCUAGACUCACAACCGAGUUCCGGCAAAUCCUGCCACGGAAGAUGGCGGAAUUGGAAUUCGGUCAGAAACCUGGAGUUCAGUAUUUAACGAUGAAACCAUUUUUGGUGGUGAAGAAAACCAAAACUCAGGAAUUCCUGAAGAAGGACUCAUGUCCGAAAUGUCGACUCUCCU